UACACACAUCUAAACCCUGUUCUUCUUCAUUUCCCAGCUCUGCAACUAUUAAAAGGCACAUCUUUCAGCUCCUAAACUCAAUUCUCCACAUCAAAAAUCUCAACUUUAUUUUACAUCUUCUUCACCAAACGCACCAGAAAUGAUUUCUUAUUUCAUCGCAGCUCUCUUUCUCAUAAUUCCGCUCAUAAGUUCUGCUACCAACGGCCUCUCCAUAGAUCACUACAUGUUCAGCUGUCCUUUCGCUGAAUCCAUGGUGAAAAACGCAGUCUUUCAAGCUCUAAAUAACGAUCCAACCUUAGCUGCCGCUCUUCUAAGAAUGCAUUUUCAUGACUGUUUCAUUCAAGGCUGUGAUGGAUCAGUUCUGAUUGACUCCACAGAAGACAACACUGCUGAGAAGGAUUCCCCUGCUAAUUUGAGCCUGAGAGGCUUCGAGGUGAUCGACGAUGCGAAGAAAUUGCUUGAAGAUUCGUGCCCAGGGAUAGUCUCUUGUGCAGACAUACUAGCCAUGGCAGCAAGAGAUUCAGUAUUUUUUGCUGGGGGAGCAGUAUAUGAUAUACCUAAAGGGAGGAAGGAUGGAAGAAGAUCUAGAAUUGAAGAUACUAUAAACUUGCCACAGCCAAGCUUCAACGCUUCUUCUCUCAUUAGAGUGUUUGGCCAACAUGGUUUCAGUGCGCAGGAGAUGGUGGCUUUAUCUGGUGGUCACACACUUGGGAUUGCAAGGUGCUCGUCCUUCAAAAACCGGCUCAGCAAAUUCGAUCCCACCCACGAAGUAGACCCGAGUUUGGAACCCAACUUCGCCAAAUCCCUAUCACUGAGGUGUCUAGCAGGUGACAACGUACCGGUGCCCUUCGAUGACACUCCUAACAUUUUUGACAACGAUUACUUCGCCAGCGUUCAGAGAGGAACCGGGCUUCUAUUCUCAGACCAGGCCCUGUUUAGCAGCCCAAGAACUCGAGACCUGGUCAGCUUAUACGGGUCGAACCGGGCUCUAUUCUUGUUCGACUUUCAGCGGGCCAUCAUCAAAAUGGGCGUGCUUGAGGUGAAAGAAGAGGGUGAGGGAGAGGUUAGGCUGAAUUGCCGCCGGAUUAAUUAAUUGAUUCCCAUCACUUAAUCAGAGUGUUUUUAUUAAUCCUAUGCUAUAGUUACGGUUUAACAAGUUUUAUAUAGAUAAUGAAGAGGUUUUAAGUGAUACG